AAUUUUAUAAAAUCAGAUAAUUUACUCAAAUUUACCAGUUAUGAUAAAUAUGCCAUAUGUUUUCCAAAACAUGGAACUGCUGAAUCUAUAGGAAUGAAUGACAUUAUAGGGAAGAAAAAAAUCUGCUUUUUUUGCCUUUGUAUUGAUAUGUUAGCUUACUACACAUUGUCCUGGCUCGCUUAUUCACUUUGAUAGAAUCAAGGGAGACCAAUGCAACAGGAAGUGACAUUAGAGUGAUUUGCUCUUUGUUUACAUUUUACAGGAAGUGCAUGUUGUGUCAGAUAAAUGAGAACCAAAGUGUGUAAGAUUUUGUCUUUUCAUCAAAAUGCAUCAUCAGUUGAAACAAUGAAGUGUUGUUAAGUAUUGUGAAUGUUAACUGAUGAAAAAAGCACAUAAAAACUCAUAACAAGAUAAGUCUAAGAACUGGAGUGACAAAUAUACUUAUAUAAUGAUACUUAUGUUAUGAAGAGAAUUUUUAACACAGUGUUAGGUGAAUUGUUAGAAAGAAAUGUUGUCAAGGAAUAUUUGUUUCCUGUCAUUCCUGUAUUUUCUGCAGGGUCUACCGUACGGACUUCAGUCCAGGUUCCUCCCACUUUACUUCAGAACUCAUGGCAUGUCAUUGUCACAUAUUAGUUUCUUCAAAUUGCUACUCAUUCCUUGGAUGUUGAAGGCGCUAUGGGCUCCAUUUGUGGACAGAUACGGGACCAAAAAGCUCUGGCUUGCUUAUAGCAUGUUUGGAUUGUUUCUAACAUGCAUUUUGGGGUCUUUUACGGAUCCAAAGUACACGUUCCUACUUGGAUUUGUUUUGUUUCUGUUUAACUUUCUUACAGCAACUCAGGAUAUUGCUGUUGAUGGAUUGGCAAUUCAGGUUUUAGCUGCUUCAGAGCUAGCAUCAGGAAAUAUUGCCCAAGUUGUUGGUUAUAAAUUUGGUGCUAUUUUUAGUGGUGGUUUCAUUACCUGGUUAGGAGAGUUGUAUGGACUUCAAUGGGGAACUAUAUUUGUUGGCUUGGCAAUAUUUUACUUAAUGGCAUACUUAUUGGUUGUUAAAAUUGUGCCCACUGAAAACCAAGAUCACAAACCACCUAAGGAGGAUUCCUACAAGAAAUCAGACAAUGAAAAUGACUUGCCUCAAGAGAAGAGUGCUGGAAGUGUUAGUAAGGGUAGACAUUGGAUCAUCAAGCAUUUCCAGUUUGUUCUUCAUACUCAAGAAACAAAAUGGACUCUUCUUUAUGUGCUUGUCUACAAGUUAGGUGAGCAGGGUGCCCUGACCCUGGUGCCCCUAUUCCUGGUUGACCAGGCUGUGCCUGCGAGCUCUGUGGGGUUCUGGACAGGGCUCGUGGGUCAGACUGUCUCCAUACUGGGCUCCCUUCUUGGGGGAUGGCUUGUUGCUUGCUUCAGGAUCACACCAUACAGAGGUAUCCUGUUGUUCUCCCUGUUCCGGAUAGUGUUGCUUGCCAUGGUCUUCAUUAGUGUGCUCACAUGGCCCUCAGUGGAUGCAGCCAGCUACAGCUCUAUCUCAUAUGGUGUCCUAGUUGGCCUGAUGUGUACCAUGUUGCUAGGCAGCGGGGUCAUCACAACCACGACCUUCACCUUGAUGAUGUUCUGCUCCCAGAGGUCACCAAGUGCAAUCCAGGCCAGCCAUUACACAACCAUGGCUACUGUGGAAGUCCUGGGCAAACUGACAUUCUCUGUGCUGAUUGGCUCAUUGGCUGACAUGUUUGGAUACUCUUUGACAUUUCUGUUAUUUGUCAUGUUAGCCAUUGUUGUUCUACCUGUUAUUUUGAAGUGUCCACAGUCUCUAAUUGACAUGUUUGAAAGAUGAUUUAGCAUUAUGCCUAGUAAAAAAUUGAACACUA